AUGCCCAUGGAAGACCAUGGGCCCUAUCUCAGGGAAAUUGGAGACAAAUUUGGCGAGAUUUUCACUUUGAAGUUCGGAAGGACCUACUGGGUAAUUUUGAACUCAGGCAGGGUUGUCAACGAGCUUCUAGUUAAGAGGGCUGCUAUUUACUCAUCCCGUGGAAGCCACAUGGCACAUAGCAUCAUCUCCGGUGAGAAGAGGAUGCUACUGAUGCCUUACGGAGAUAUGUGGCGGCGCCAACGGCGAGUAAUGCACCAGCUCCUCAAUUCUAGUCAGAAGACAGUAUUCAGGGCAUUCCAAGAUCUCGAGUCGAAGGCUUUGAUGGCGGAUCUCUUGGAAAAACCAGACAGGUGGUACUUAUCUGUGGCGCGAUUUUCCAACUCAGUUAUUAUGAGUGUGGUUUUUGGCCGGCGCACAGCUCUUGGUGACCCAGAAAUUUCAGCUUUGCACCGCGCCCAAGAGGAAUUUGUCCCUUUCACGAUGCCUGGUGCAUCUGUUGUGGAUAGCUUCCCGUUUCUGGCUAAGAUUCCAUACUUGAAGAGGCUCCAGCCUUGGAGAAGGAAGGGCGAUGAUAUUAAUCGACGAACAACACGUACAUUUACUCGGCUCAUAGAAGAUCUUAAGAGGCGCAUAGAUCAAGGGGUCGCAAAUUCCUGUUUCAUGACGAAACUUCUCGAGUCCAGCGCCGAAAAAGAGAAUUUCACCACCGAGGAACUUGCAUAUAUUGCCGGAACUUUGAUCGAAGCGGGCACCGACACGACACGGACGAGUGUCUUGGAGCUCGUCGCUGGGACGGCAAUGUACCCAGAAUGGAUACCGCGAGCGCGAGCAGAGCUGGACUCAGUGUGCGGUCACAACGCUGAUCGCUUGCCUGAGUUUGACGACCGCGACCGAUUGCCCAUGAUCAAAGCCGCCAUCAAGGAAUCUGUGCGCUGGAGGCCGUCCACUGCCCAGACGGGAGUUCCACAUGCUCUUACAACCGAUGACGAAUUCGAAGGCUAUCAUAUUCCCGCAGGAACCACUGUUACGUGGAAUCACUGGGCUAUCUCUCAUAGUGAAACCGAGUAUAAGAACGCGGAGCAGUUCUACCCAGACCGGUUCCUGGAUGAAGAUCUUGACGAUAUCGUUAAAGGCCAUUACGGUUUUGGGGCUGGUCGACGGCUUUGUGUUGGCUACAACGUCGCUGAAGGCAACCUCUUUAUUUCGAUAGCGCGUCUCAUCUACUGUUUUGACAUCGAGCAAGAACUUUCACAUCCAGUAACUGUUGACAAGCCCUUUCCCGUCAGCGCGGAAGUGGAACCAUUUGGAGUGAUCAUCAAGCCACGAAGCGAGGCGCACCGACGACUGAUCGAGAGGGAAUGUCAUUCAGCAGCCCAAGUCAGCUCAUGA